AUGCGAGCACACACGCCUUCCCCCGGCCGCACGAGCACCGCGUCCCUCGAGAGAGCCGCGAGCGCCUGCAGUUUGCUCUUACUGGCCUACUUUCCGGGCUACGUCAAAGCCAGGCUUACAGAGCCAGGAGCUUCGGCGAGGGCGGCCGAGCUGCGCGCGGUGCCAGCAGGGGCUGAUCCCAGCCGCCAGCGGCUGCUGCCAGGGGCACCCCAGGCACCCCUAACCCUCCCACCGUGGGCACCCAGUGCCCGGCCGGCGCAUCCCGGCCUGCACAGCUGCCGCAACCGCGUUUCCGUGGAGAUGGCAUCUCCCGAGCCCGCACAGCCUGAGCGGGAGGGUUUCCAUGGAGAUGCCCGAGCCCAGCCGCAGAGCCAGGAGCGAGCAGCGCUGCUGGGACCCACUCGGGCCCGCUCCAAGCCUGCAGGAGCCAUGGAGCUGGCUCAGCCUGAGACCCCCACCCCUCCUCGUCCCCCCUGCGCUCCCUGCCCCUCCGGCUGCCCGCCCGGAGCCAAGGCCGAGCCUCCAUGGCUCUUCCUGGUCCUGCCAGCGGGUCUGCCCUCGCCCCUCAGCAGCCGGGAACUGGGCUGCGAUGCCUGCGCUCCGCGGUCCCCGGGGGCGGCACCGAGCGGGGCCCCGGCGGCUCGGACGGGGCGGUGCCUGCGUGCCCGGGGCAGGGCCGGGCGGCGGCUGCCGCUCCCCGGGGCCCGCGCGGGGGGGGCACCGGGCACCGAGGGGCUGGGGCGGCGGCGGCUGCGGGGCCUGCGGCCGAGGGCGGGGGAGGAGGGGGGGCGGAAAGUUCCAUCGCCGCUGCGAGCCCCGCAUGGCGCGGGGGAGGCGGCGAGACCCCCGCACCGCAGCACUGUCGGGGCACCGGCACUGGGGGGACGCAGCCGAGAGCUGGGGGACACAAGCGGGGGGCACCCAUCACCGGGACCUGGGGGACACAAGCGGGGGGCACCCAUCACCAUCACCGGGAACGGGAGGACACAACCGGGGGCCCCCACCCUUCCCACCAGGGCCUGGAGACACAACCGCAGGGCACCCUUCGCCAUCGCUGCCACUGGUACCGAGGGGGGCACCCACCGCCAUCACCGCCACCGGGGCGAGGAGGUGGGGGCACCCAUGGCCGCCGCCGGGACCGGGGGGAGGCGAGGGGCACCCAUCGCCACCGCUGGGAUGGGGGGGAGGGCACUCAUCGCCAUCGCCGCCACCGGGGUGAGGAGAGGGGACACCCAUGGCCGCCACCGGGUCCGGGGGAUACACAUCGUCAUCGCCGGGACGGGGGGGGAGGGACGGGACACACCGAUGGUCAUCGCCGUCACCGGAGCGGGGGGGGCACCGAUGGCUGUCACUGGGACCGGGGUGCACCCACGGCCAUCGCCGCCACCGGGACCGGGGAGGGAGGGAAGAACCCAUCGCCAUUGCCGCCACCGGGACCGGGGAGGGAGGGAAGAACCCAUCGCCAUCGCGGCCACCGGGACUGGGAGUGCACCCACGGCAAUCGCGGCCACCGGAACCGGGAGGGGAGUGCACCUACGGCCAUCGCGGCCGCCGGAACCGGGAGGGGAGUGCACCUACGGCCAUCGCGGCCACCGGGACCGGGAAGGGAGUGCACCCACGGCCAUCGCGGCCACCGGGACCGGGAGGGGUGGGCGCCCAUCGCCAUCGCGGCCACCGGGACCGGGGCGAGAGGGAGGCACCCGUGGCCAUCGCUCCGCACCCCCUGAUGGGUCAGGCAGCUCCGCCGUCCCGGCUCGGCGUGGCUGCGCCCGGGGGACCCCGCGGCGGGCUCUGUGGCUGCGGGGCGCCGCGUUCGCCGCCCGUCCAAGCGCUGCCCGGGCGUGGAGCGAGCGAGCGCCCGCCUCCAUCCUCCUCCUCCUCUGCCAUCCUCCUCCUCCCCCCGCCCCCCCGCGCGGGCAGGGCUGGCCGCGGGGCACGCCGGGAGUUGUAGUCCUGCAGCGGGGGCUGCGGGCGGGAGGGCAGCGGCCGCCGGACUACAACUCCCGUCAGCCCCCCGCGGCGGCGGCUCGCUCUCGCCCUCACACUCCGGCUGCCGCUGCCAGUGUCUCCGCCGCCGCCGAACCGCCGCUCGGCAGCGCACACGGUCCGACCCGCCGCCGCCUCGGGCAGGGGGCCCUCCCCGGCCCCGCCGCCCCCGACAGCCCUCCUCGGCGAGCAGGUGCGUGCCCGCCCCGCGACGCCGCCCCGCACCGGACGCACCGGGCACCCCCCGGGCCCGCGCCGCCCCGCACCCACCGGGAUGGGGGGGGUGGGGGGUGGGGGAAACGGGAGGGGAGCGGGCAGCCCGGUCGCCCUCCUCCGGCGCCCGUCCGGUCGGGGGUCUCCAUGGAAACCCUCCCGGGACACCCCCGGCGGGGCGGGGGGCAGCGGGACGGCGGCGGGGACGCCGGCGCUGACAGCGCUCCGCGUCCUGCCCGGGGCACCGGCGGCACCUGCCGCUGCCGGCGCGGCGCGGGGUCCCGAGGCGGCGGUGACACCGGGCGCUGCGCUGCCGGGACGGCGGUGGCACCGGGUGCUUGUGGAGUUCGGCGGCCGCCGCGGCCGCUCCCGGUGCCGGCCAACCGGGCGGUGGCGGAAGAGCCCUCCCCGGGGGCAGCGCGGCGGACGCCACCUCCAUGUUCGGGGCUGCCCCGGUGCGGCGGCGGGGACAGCGCCGCGUUCCCCCGGGAGCGGCCCCGGGGGCAACUGUUGAGCCGGGGCGGGCGGCGGGGAACGGGCUGGGAACGGGGCUGCGGGAGGGGGCUGCCCGCUCGGGGGCCUCCGGACACGCUGUGGGAGGCGGCGGGGGGGGUGCCCGCCCCGUGGGGCCCGAGGGGAGGCGGGUCCCGGGGCGGAGGGGGGUCUCCCCGCUUGUGGGGCGGCGGGUCCUGA